AUGACUCGCGGAGAGUUCCGGGAACACGGAAAGAACACCAUUGAGUACAUCGCUGACUACAUGGAGAACAUUCACAAGCGACGGGUUGUCCCGCAGAUUGAGCCCGGCUAUCUGAAAGAUUUGAUUCCAAACGAGCCACCGGCAAAAGGAGAAGGAUACGAGCGACUUCUCGACGACUUCGAGAAGUUCAUUAUGCCUGGAGUUACCCAUUGGCAACAUCCUCGUUUCCAUGCCUAUUUCCCGGCAGGAAACUCGUGGCCAUCAAUUCUCGCUGACAUGCUUAGCGAUGCACUUGGAUGUGUUGGAUUCAGCUGGGCUGCAUGUCCAGCGAUGACCGAACUCGAGAUGAUUAUGUUGGAGUGGUUCGGGAAAAUGAUUGGUUUACCCAAAGAGUUUCUGCCGUUUACGGAGAAUGGAAUGGGUGGAGGAGUGAUACAGGCUUCAGCAUCCGAAUGCAAUUUCGUCUCAUUGCUGGCAGCUCGUUUCGAAGUGAUGAAAGAAUUGAGACAUCGUUUCCCGUUUGUUGAAGAGGGACUUUUGCUCUCGAAAUUGAUCGCCUACUGCUCGAAAGAGGCACACUCAUCCGUUGAAAAAGCUUGCAUGAUCGGUAUGGUGAAGUUGAGAAUUUUGGAGACUGAUAGCCGCUUUCGUUUACGUGGAGAGACAUUGAGAAACGCGAUACAGGAGGACCGUAACCUUGGCCUCAUCCCAUUCUUCGUGUCGACCACUUUAGGCACAACGAGUUGCUGCUCAUUCGAUGUGCUCUCCGAGAUUGGACCCGUUUGCCAGGAGAAUGAAUUGUGGCUCCAUGUAGACGCAGCUUAUGCCGGCUCGGCGAUGAUCUGUCCCGAGUUUCGGCCAUUGAUGAACGGAAUCGAGUACGCGAUGUCGUUUAACACAAAUCCCAACAAAUGGAUGCUCGUCAAUUUCGAUUGUUCCACAAUGUGGGUUCGCGAUCGCUUCAAACUCACCCAAGCGCUCGUCGUCGAUCCGCUCUACUUGCAGCACUCAUGGAUGGACAAAUCGAUCGACUACCGUCAUUGGGGAAUUCCUUUAUCGCGUCGUUUCCGCUCUCUUAAACUCUGGUUUGUGAUUCGAUCCUACGGUGUCGAGGGACUGCAGAAAUAUAUUAGAGAGCACGUUCGACUGGCGAAGAAAUUCGAAACAAUGCUGCGAGCGGAUCCGAUUUUCGAGAUCGUCGGCGAUGUCAUCAUGGGACUCGUUUGUUUCCGAAUUCGAGCAAGUGAAGAAGCGAAUCAACAAUUGUUGACAAAGUUGAACUCGUCUGGACGCAUUCAUAUGGUGCCAGCGUCACUAAACGACCGCUUUGUCAUUCGUUUCUGCGUUUGUGCCGAGAAUCCGACUGAUAAGGAUAUUCAGAUCGCUUACGAUAUCAUCAGUCAAGCUGCUCAGCAUAUCAUUCACGAAACCUCAACCGAACCUUUACUUGAAGAUCAAUACUUGGAGGCGCUUGAGGAGAAAGGAAUUGACACAACUUCUGUCCUAAAUCAUCACUCACCGACAAGAAGACGCAUGAGUAAUCCAAAUUUCAUCGCAAAACUCUGGCGUGGCUUUGAAAUCUCUGAGGGUGGCCCACUCUCUCCGUAUUCGCCGACUUUCGAAAAGCAGCCAUCAAAAGAAGAGCUGAUGAGCAUGAGAAAUGGGAAAGAUUUGGCGACGAAGAGAUCUUUCCUCGUUCGAAUGGUUUCGGAUCCGAAGUGCUACAAUCCGAAAAUCGUGCGCCAUCUAAACAUGGCAAACUAUCGAAAGAUGAGCCAAGAUGUGGCCAGAGAUAGGACGAUUAUG